CCGCUCCUCCCGGGGGUUUGCAGGCCUCCCCUUCUCUCCACCCGCCCACCCGGACCCCGCCUGCCUCGUCGUCCGAGCACCAAUUCCCUCCAGGGCGCUGCGCAGCGCCGCGUCUCCCGCCCCCUCCCUUGCCUGGGGGGUCUCGCACGUUUUCUCCCUCGCCCCCACUCACUCCUUCGGCGCAGGCGCGCCCUCUCCAAGUCGGCACCUGCUCCCCCGCCGUUGAACCCGCGCAUUUGCAGCGACCGAGUCCCGUUAGCCCGAGGAAGGGGCAAGCCCGGCAGGAUGUCCUGCUGCAGCAGCUGAGGGAGGCGAGCCGGAGAUGCCGCAGCCGCCCCCGCCGCGCCCUGGGUGGAGGUGAGCGCCAGCCGCGGGGCAGCCCCGCUCCGUGCGCCCCGGCGAUGUUCCCGGCCCGCGAGGCCACGCCGCCCGGGGCAGCCCCGCCGAGCCCGGAGGCCCCUCCGUCGGCGGCGGUGGCGGCGACGCCGGUGGCGGAGCUGAGCGACGCGGAGCUGGGCGGCUGCAGCAAAGAGGAGCUGGUGCGCCGCCUGCGCCACGAGGAGGCCGAGAAGCUGGCGGCGCUGGUGCAGCGCGGCCGCCUGAUCCAGGGCGUGAACCGGCAGCUGCAGGAGCACCUGCGCGAGAUCCGCGAGCUGAAGGCCGUCAACGGGCGCCUGCAGGCCGAGAACCGCGAGCUGCGCGACCUGUGCUGCUUCCUGGACGAGGACCGGCUCAAGGCCAAGCGCCUGGCGCGCCACUGGCAGCUCUUCGGGCACCACGCGGCGCAGGUGCUGCGCGACGAGGUGGCCGCCUGCCUGCGCAAGCUGGCCGGCCUGGAGGGCCUGCAGGAGCGCCUGGCCAAGGACAACCUGGAGCUCAAGGAGCUGUGCCUGGCCCUCGAGGACGAGUGCGCCUCCGCCCGCCCCGACGCCACCCCCAGCCCCGGCGGCGGCUCCUCCGAGCUCAGCCUGCCCUGCGGGCCCCGAGACCUGGGCGACGGCAGCUCCAGCACCGGCAGCGUCGGCAGCCCGGACCAGCUGCACCCCGCCUGCUCCCCCGACGACUAGCCGGCAGCCCGGCCGGCCGGCCCACGCGUGGGGGCCAGGGGGUGGCGCCUGCCAGCCUAUCCCGGCUUGGGACAAAAAGGGCCACACCUCAGACCCUCUCCUCGAGGAAGCCGGUGAGCUUGCCCGCCUUUCCCUCCCUUCCGCUUGCCCCAUCAUCCCAGUAGCUGAAACGGGUGGAUUUGGUGAAGGUGGGAGUAUCCUCACCACGAUUGAAAAAACAACAUCACAUGGACAUGUGAACUUAUUAUGGGAUACAUCUGCACUCUGCUGAAUGCAGCAGGCGUUUGAGGAUGCACUGAACUCUGUUUGUGAAGCCAUAAUGUGAGGCGGGAAGCCAAGUGCUGCUGCUGCUGUCAGUAUCUGUCUUGUGGACGUCCUUUGGAUCAAUAGGGGAGAUGCUUCCCCGCUACACCCUGACAUGGACUGAUAAACGGCUCUGGCCCAAGGAUGCAUUUCUUCACAACCGAUAUGCUGAAGAAGGGAUCCUGCCUCAUAAUGUUCAGGAAUGACCACCAGGACUGGAGACGGACAUUUUGGCAGCACCAAAUGUGUUUUGUUUAAUGUAGCAAACUUCGUGAUUUCACAGAAGUCUUUUACAUCUUUGCUGUCAAUGCAGUUGCCCGGGUUAGAUUUUGGGAAUUGUUUGGGCUGUGAACUUCUCCCUGCUGACCUUGGUGAUGAACGAUCCAGAAUGGAGAGUAGCUCUCCCCACUCCACAAAGACUGAACAUCUCAGAUGCAAAUUACAGAGGGAUAGCAGUGUUAUUCUGUCGAGCAUCCAAAUUUUACUUAAAAGUGUCUUUGGGCAUCUUAAAGACAAACAGAAGGCUUGUGCCGUAAUAAAUCUGCAAGCCUUUAAGGUACCACAAGAUUCUUUUUUUUAAAUGCACUGAUUGUGGGAGGCAAUAAGGGUGGGGAAGGCAGCAUGAGUGACUCCAGUUGUCUGGAAGUAAUUAUAUACCUGUGGGAGUGCUGAGCAAAGGGAAAGGAGGAAUUCUGAACUAUGUAUGAUGCUGAGGGGUACUUACAUUUGACUUGUGAUCUUCAACUGGACUUGGGGGAGGGAACAAGAGACUCAAACAUAUAGAGAGGCUUAUUUAGAGAGUUACGUUCUUUUAUCCUACCCUAUUUCUGGUUUUAAUACCACAUGUUGAAAUCCUGCAUCCAAAACCACACCCAUGACGGAGCCUCUCCUUGGAACUACAGCUGAAUGGGGCUGUUGUAAAGGGCAAGAGACUCCCUUCUCUUAAACAGCAGUAGCCCAACUGUUAAGAACAUCAUAUGAGAGGAGAAUCCUAUAUAAAACCACUGGCCCACUCACAGUGCUUUCUAUAUAGGAGUCCGGGCCUCCAGAGGAAUGCCCUGCAUUCCUCCCCCCUAGGGAAUAAGUGGGAGGCGGGGGGCAUAAACGAACAUAAGAGCACUGCUUCGUCAGACCAGUGGUCCAUCCACUCCAGCAUCCCAUUUCACACAGUGACCACCUGGUUGUCCUGGAGAGCCAACAUACAGUGCCUCGAAGCACAUCCCAUCUCUUUAGGACUGGUUCUCCAAUGCUUGCUAGGUGGGGAUUCUCUUUACUCACCAUAGUUUGUUGCCAUUGAUGGAUCUCCUGCAUGAAUCUCAAAGCCCCUCUUAAAGCCAUUCAUGCUCCUGGCCAUCAUUUCUUCCCCUGGCAGUGAUUUCCAUAGUUUAAUUACUCCUAAAGAAAUAUUUUCUGUUGUCUUGCCCAUCGUUGGGUGCCCCUAUAUUCUGUUAUUAUCAGAGCGGGUGGAAAGGUUUGCUCUAUCCGUUUGCUCUGUUUCAUGUGUAAUUAUAUAAACCUGCUCUCAUCUGCACUUUUCCCAGCUCUGCAGUAUUCUUUCCGCAGUAUGGAGACCAGACAUCUCUUUCCCUGAGAAUUUCAAAAACAGUAGUCCUAGGAACCCCCCUCCACUUGACCUGCAAGGCAUAUAUCUGGAACUGAAUUUGUGUAUCUAUGAAGUAUAAGAUUUAUUUCUGAGGGAGGCCACUGUGUCAGUCACACAUGGAGAAUGCAACACUGUUGGAUGCCUUUUAUUAGAAGAACUGCUGUUGAUGGAAGUAAUAAGUUUUUGGUCUGCACUGAACUCUUCCUGUGGUCAGUGAAACAUAAUUGGAAGCCAAAUGAAUCAGCCACUUUAUUGUUCCUGGAGACAGCCUUGGAUAUCAGGAAACUGAGGCCGGGGAAACCGCUUCCUGUCCCCCCUCAAGGACUUCAAGAUCUCUCUUCCAGGAUACAGCCAAAUCUGGGGCGGAGGCAAUAUCCUGUUGCCUUGCGGGUUAAAGGAUGCAGUGCGUGAUUUUGCUGAUAUCUGCUACUAAGAACUGGAAGGGGGUCAAAAGAGUCCACUAGCAGCAUGGGUGCAAGAAAUCUGUUUAGGAAUCGGAUAAAUGUUUUAAAUUGUUGCUGGGGAAGGAAGAAUCACUUUCACCUUGUCUGAAAGUGUCUAGGUUCUGGAGUGGGUGGGUGCCUUAAAUUCUGCAACUGUUAGCGAGAUCCUUGUUUACCCUUUGGUGGCUCUUAUCUGGAGCUUAACCCUUUAGCAUUCAGUUGUCCCUCAUUUGCAAACUAAGUGGUGCAGUGGCCUGGAAACUGUUGUGAGAGCAAAUGAGGUUGCUCAGUGGGGAUUGUGCAUUCUGCAUAUGCUCAGGGGCACUUUGCUCCAAAACCUAAAAGGAGAUUUUCUUUGACUUGAACCAUAGUGGUGGAAAGAAUUCCCUAUGAUUCACCCAUUUGAACUUUGAGAAAUGUCCUAGAAAGGGGAAAAAGGAUGCAUUUAGUUGACAAAGUCAGCUGUAGAAUAUUUUAGGAGGGAUGAAGAAAGAAGUGGAUGCUGAGACUCUUUUUCUUUCAGUGCUAAACUUAAUAUUGAUAUAUUGGGGUUGGGAGGAGCAAUCAGCCAUGGAGAGGUGGCUCAGGACGAGAAGAUUGAUUUGCUUGUUUUUUACAUCGCGCUUCCAAUUUUACUUUUGUGGGUAUAACCUUUGCUGAUUACCUGUAAUUAUUGCCCCCCCCGAAAAGCAGGCAAUAGAUUUUUCUAAAAAACGUUUAAAAAUAUAUUUAAUACCAUUUACUCAAAAUACCAGGAGACAGAAUGCAUCCUCUGCAGCUGUGCAGUGCGUAAUUGUUAAAAGCCCCCCAUUUCGUAAUUCUUGUUUUGCUUGUAUACAGAUUUCAUGGAUUAAAAAACAAUAUGUUGAAUCGA